AAUUAUCUGGUGAGUGAAUGCAGGUUGCCCUUUGAGGCAAUUACCGCUAAUAAAAAACCAACAAAGCUCCGAUAAGGCGGGAAAUCCAGCAUCCCUAACGGGUGUUACGGCAAUCGGCCAUCGCUUCUCGCGUCGUUAGGACCCAACCCACUCCGGCGGACACGUAAAUGGCGGAAAUUGAAACUCUAGGCAUUCUCGACGAGAUCCAGUCCCUUGUUUCCAUUAAACUUCAAGUGGUGUCAUACAAAUGGUUGAGCCAAAAUUACUUGGUGUCUUCGGAUGCGGCAAAGAGAUUGCUUGAGGAGUUUGUUGAGAAGCAUAUAAACGAUGUAGAAGUUGUUUAUAGUUUGUCUGGCUGGUUGAAGAAUAAUCCUUCAGCAUAUCACGUGCAGCUUGUCUCAAGUUCUAAAAUUGCAGAAGCGAAACAAGAGUUCAAUGAAAAUUGCUCGGUUCAGGUCUAUAGUGUGCAAGCUUGCAUCCCAAAGGAUGCAGCAACCCUUUGGAAUGCUGAAUUUGUCCAAGCUGAGGAGCUAUUUAAGCAGUCACCAUCAGUUGAUAAUUGUUUAUGGGAUAACAGGUUUUGCGGAGUUUUGAAUCCGUUUAUUAAGCAGAAUGCUGACAGAAAGUCUGCUAGCACUGGUGACCCUCAGGCAAAAAAUUCAGGGGCAAUAAUGGCAUCUAACUGUAAACUCACUAGCCAAAGUGUGACUUUUCAGCCACCUCAAUCGAAAAAGGUUCAACAUGCAGAGCCGAGUGCUGAUAUGGCUAUGGCUAAUUAUGUAAAGAAUGAAGUGGCAGUGGAAGGAGGCAGUAAUAUCGAUAUAGAUAAAGAGAAGGUCGCCCAACCUCUGGAAAAUAAGAAAAAUAUUAGGACUGACAAAACCUCUGCUUUGAAUGGAGGCGUAUUAGCUGAUAUGUGGGGUCGUGCAACCACAAAGUUAAAGACAGGCUGCAUUCCAACCGAGACUAACAAGGCCAUACCCAUUUCAGCUGAAACUCAAGUAUGUACUAGUAAAGAGUUUGAAGAUGCAAACUGCUUUGAUGAUCGUCAAGAUGUCACAAUUAAGCGAUCUAAUAGUAGAGGAAACAGGAAGAGGAGAGUUAUAUAUGAUUCCUCAGAUGAAGAAGGGGAAGAUGCAGUCAACCUAUCAUCACCUGAUCCUCCAGGGUUGAAGUCGAGUUCAAACACUCCUGAGGUGGAGAAGAUGUUAUGUUUCAAAGGAGAUGAGAAAAUGAAUAAGCAAUUUAAGGGAGAAUCGUCAGCUAAGGAAUCCAAGAGUCUUAGCAAUGAUGCGAAUGUGACGGGCAUCUCAGACCACGGUCAUAGUAAUGAUGCAAAUGUGAGGGCAAAGUUGACUGAUGUUGCCCCAAAAUCACCCCAAAGGAAGAAAGUAUUGAAGACCAAAAUAGAUGAACGUGGAAGAGAAGUUACAGAGGUUAUUUGGGAAGGUGAGGAGACAAAACCUGAUGGUAGUCUUGCAAUGAAAACUGAAAAUAAAGUAGCCAAUAAUGCUGUUGACAGACCAACAGCAGCUAAGAGGUCACAUGUAACUGAAAGCAUUGCUCCAUUAAACCAAGCUGUCAAAGCAGGAAACAAGAAGGGAGGAAACAAAGACCGUAAACAAGGAAACAUUCUGUCAUUCUUUAAAAGGGCUUCUUAAAUGGAAUUUUGAAUACAUUAUUUUCUUGCUCUAACGGUUUGCUCUUGAGAUUUGUUUUUCCUGUAGUAAAUGCAUAGAUAAUGUUCUGAUUGCACUUCAAGCAAAACAAAGACUAGUUUGAACCAAGUGUAGCAGUUGUUAGUGAUAUGUUCAUGCAAUUGUGGGGUAGUGAUAUGUCCUUGUGAUAUAGUUGUGUGUAUUUUUCCUGGGUGCCUAACAGGCGUGCGUGUGUAUUCAAGUACUAUCGUAUAUGAUAAAAGAAAAUGCAGAUACG